UUAUGCAGUGCCUGAAGACAUUCGCCUAUUUAACCUCCGCAUCUUUUACAUCACGUUACAUACAGUCACGAUUGACGAUAUCGUGGACAUUCUGUGGAUGCUGCCUCGCUUGCAGCACCUACGAAUCUGGUGCAACUCCAUGAGCCACAUGGACGCUGGAAUUAGCCCAGUCAGGAUCCAGCGUGCUAUGCCAGCUGCCGUGCAAAGGUUCAUUUUGCCAGCUAUUACUCCCAAGCCAGCCGCUGUUGUCUCGGCUAGCACUGCCAGGAUAAACAUGCCUUCUACCAGCAACACCAACAUCAAUGCCCAGUCCACCAAUAACAACAGUGACAUUAUGCCCCCGCCAAUAAAGAAAAGACGCACUGAGAAUAGUACCGGUCCUGCCUACACCAUCUCUCCGUCCUGUGGCCUGCUCAAGUUUGAACUUCUUUCGGAGAAGUUUUUCGACAAGACAGCCGUACGCAACUUUGUUGAAUGUGUGCCGACACUGCUCUCGGUCUCGGUUAACGAGAGUUUCCACGAAGACCUUGAAAGGCAAUUUGUUGGCAGUGGGAGAAGGAUUGAGGUUUGCUCAUUUGCACCUGCACUUCGUAAGGCUAGUUGAGUUAUAUUGAUGAAUAAAUGCCUAAAUAAAUUAAC